AUGCUGAGUAGUUUUGCUGCCUCCCUAACCCAGUCGGUCAGACCAGUGACUAUUAAGGUUUACCUCAGUGCUAUCAAGAACCUGCACCUGGAGCUCGGUUAUGUCGACCCGACCGAGGGCGCGCACUUCCUCAAGCGAGUGGUACGCGGUAUUUGCCGUUGCCAUGGAGUAGCCGCUGUCCGCCCCAGGCUGCCAAUCACAUUUCCUAUUCUCUGCAGUCUGGUUGACACCUGCCUAGCUGCUCCAACCAUGUGCCCUCACGACAAGCGCUGCCUGCAUGCCGCUAUGCUUGCCGUGUUCUUUGGUUUCUUCAGAUGCGGUGAACUGCUAGAAGCACCUACCACGCGCGGCUGUUUGACAUUCGAGUCAGGGAUGCUCCAUGUGCACCUACCACGCUCGAAGACAGACCCGUCCGGGGAAGGUACGACGGUGCUGAUCGGGCCAGCGGUGCCGCCAUACUGCGCUGUGAGAGCCAUGCUCACCUACCUCACUGCAACCGCCUCUGCUCGUCCAGGCAAUGCUGUGUUCAUCCUGGCCAACGGGCAACGCCUCAACCGCAGCACUUUUACAGCCCACGUACGCACGCUGCUUAGCACCAGCGGCGUGGCAAACUGGCAGGACUAUGCAGGCCACAGCUUCCGUAUCGGGGCCGCUACCACUGCUGCCCUUGCUGGCGUCCCCGACCACCAGAUCCGCUCCGCGGGACGGUGGCGCAGUGAUGCAUGCCUACGCUACAUCCGGACACCACCGUCAUCGGCCCGAACGCUGGCCAGCAAACUAUCCUCAGUAAGAUCAUCUCCCUGA